AUGAUAGCUCGUCGUUUCGUCCCGUCGCAACUGGAAGGUGUCGAAGACGUCGAGGACUACCAACCUGGUGGCUUUCACCCCGUAUCACUUGGAGACCACUUUGGUCAGAACCGCUAUAGGGUGGUGCAUAAACUUGGCUUUGGAGGCUCCUCUACUGUCUGGCUCGCGCGCGAUAAAAGAGCUUCUGAGCGUCUCGUUACACUCAAGAUCCUGCGCGCCAGCGCUUCUUCCGGGAACGUGAACGAAUUCCCGGCGCUUACCAUACCCAAGAUGCUACAGGCGAACAUCCCGCCAUCCGUUGGGAUUCAGGUUGUCGAUGACCAUUUCCAUGUUCAGGGGGUAAAUGGCUCCCAUCUAUGCCUCGUCUCUCCUUUCGCUGGCCCCAGCGUCCUCGCCAUGUCAGAUUGUCCUGGACGAACGCUCGGAAGUCGGCGCUUGCGUGCAGCUUUGGCGCGUGAUGUGUCCAGGCAAGUCGCAACGGCUGUAUGCUACAUGCACCGCACGGGCAUUGUUCACGGAGACGUAACCACAUCAAAUGUCCUCUUUGCACUUGCACCUCAUGUACUCCAAUGGUCGGAUGCAGACUUGUACGCCUGGUUAGGCGAGCCGGAGACCGAAAUGGUUAGAACCAGCGACGGAAGCGCCCCGCCACCGCAUGUCCCAGCUGAGCUCGUUGCACCCAUCGACAACUACAAACUGACGGAUACAUCUCUCCUUCAAGAGAGAGUGAUUCUAGGCGACUUCGGUCAAUCGUACGCUAUAUCGUCUCCGCCGCCGGGCUACGAACCGGGCACGGUGUUCAACUACAUCUCACCGGAAGCGCGCUUCGAGGGACGUGCGGGCCUAGAAGCGGACGUGUGGGCGCUGGGAUGCGCGAUCUUCGAGAUCCGCGCGGGCAGGCCGCUGUUCGAGUCGUUCUUCGGCGACGACACGGACAUCAUGAAGCAAACCGUUGGAAUGCUGGGGCGCUUGCCUGACCCUUGGUGGGCAAAGUUCGAGGGACGCGAGGCAUGGUUCGAGGAGAAUGGGGAACCGAAGAGCAUCGAGGAACAGGAGCGCGCUGGUGUGUUUAUCAAGGCGUCUAAGAGCUCCAUUCGGGAUCAGCUACGCGAGAUUGGGACACAGGACGAUCCUCCGCCGGGUGACGAUGGGCGGAUGAUUGAGCGGACUGGUGUGACGCUGCCGGAGAGAGAAGUAGAGCUUUUGGGAGAUCUGUUGGAGAGGAUGUUGAGGUAUCGGCCUGAGGAGAGGAUCAAGAUGGACGAGGUCAUCAAGCACCCAUGGUUUGACUUCGCUGAUUGA